CGGACAACAAAUUGGCAAUUGCUUCCGGACGGAGGACCCAGCACUUCUUCCAGAACUCUCCAUCCGAUCGAGCAGGAGUAGGCAUGUGCUGCGUCCACUCCCCCGCUACCGCCUCCACGACCUCGUCGCAACGAGGUCAGAUCGUGUCGUCGGAUCGCCCGCCCCCCUACCCCGCCGACUCCCCGCUGCGCUCCGACGAGGGGUUGGACGCCAGGGCGGCCAGGGCGGCGAGGCGCGGGCGCAGGCGGCGCGCCGGAGAUGGCGAGCCCCCGCCGCUCUCCCCGACCCCGAGCGUGGACACCGACGGGAAAUUCGAUCGCGCCGCGGCCAAACGCUCCCGCGCGGGGUCCGGCGACGGCGUCGCGGCGGCCCAGGACUGCGGGGAUCGCAUCGGCGAACUCCCGGACGCGAUCCUGCUGUGCAUCCUCUCGUAUCUCCCGCUCCGCGACGCCGCCCGUUCGAUGACGCUCUCCUCGCGGUGGCCCCGCCUGUUCGACCAGUAUCUCCUGGACUUCGACGCGUGCCAGCCGUUCCCGCCGGAGGCGGGCCGCGGGUGCGACUGGUUCAUCCGCGCCGUCGACUCCAUCCUCGCCUCGCGCCGCCACAUCCGCAUCCGCAGCUUCCGCUUCGUGAUGUAUGGGCAGGGAUUCGUGAGUCGCAUGGCCGUCGUCAGCGGCUGGUUCCCCGUCCUCGCGGCCUGCGGUGUCCGAGAAAUCGACGUCGACAUGUUGUACACAGCCCCGAAGCCGACCCUGCCAGCGUCGCUCCUCCAGCUCGCCUCCCUGGAAACCCUAAGGGUAUGCUUCUGCGACCUUCCUGGGGACGCGGAGGUGGGCGCGCUGCGCCUACCCGCCCUCCAGACGCUCCGUCUGUCCAAUGUCCGGACCUCCCAGGACGCCCUGCAGGCGAUGCUUGCUCAUUGCCCAUCCCUGGAGUGCGCGAAGCUCAAGAACAUCACCGGGGUCAAGCAAAUCCGUCUCCGGUCCAAGAGCCUGGUAUGUCUGCACGGCGACUUCGCUAACAUGAGUGAGCUCGUUGUCGAGGACGCCCCGAGCCUUGAAGAACUGGUGGGCAUCCAUCUGCCGAGCAGCAGAGCGACGGUGAAAAUUGUUUCCGCCCCCAAGCUGCAGGUGCUGGGAUACUUGGGGAAGAACGUCCGGCCUCUCGUCCUGCGUGAUACCGUUUUCGAUGGAGGCAUCUUGAAGUCCACUACUACCCUGAUGUGCAGCGUGAAGACGUUGGCCAUCCAAGUGCCAUUCUCAGAGAAGGGGCAUACCAUCUUCGUUGCUCAGUUGCUCAAAUGCUUCCCAUGUCUUGAGACGCUCCAUCUCGAGGCAGACAGUCGAUCAAUUUCGCAUCAGGUUACUCCUGAAUCAUGGGAGACGACAUCUUCUAUCCAGUGCAUCGAACAUUCCCUCAGCAAAUUGGUGUUUGAGAAUUUCGGAGGGCAAAUGUGCCAGUGGAGCUUGCUGACCUUUAUGCUUGAGAUGGCUAAAACUCUCAAGGUCAUCGAGUUCUACUGUUUGAAAGGCGAAGAUUGUGCCAGUAGGCUAAUACAGCUUCUAUGCACCAUAAAUAGAGUCUGCCUGGACAUCAAGUUCCUGUUCUUCACAAGUUGUGCGCCAGUCAAUAGCCUGUACUUGUGCCAUUGCUGUCCCAGGCGGUGCCAGAAUGAAAACAGAGUUUCGCUGUUACCGCGUCUUACGAAACCCGCUGAUGCACACUCUGAAGCACCAGAAACAUAGAUGGUUACUGCAAUCUGAAAAAAUAUCUGAUGUCACCGGAUGCGCGUAAGUUGUGAUCUUGUGUCUGAAUCCGAGAGUUGUUCAUUUAGUUUACUGGAACAGAAGAAGAAUCAGCAGGUUGAUUAGCUGUACUGUGGCAGGCUUGGUGACUGGAAUUCUUUUUUCCUAGAACACAAUUAGCUGGACUUCUUGUUGGCUGUGUAUCGCUGGUACUGUUUAUAAUAUAAUCAGAACUUAAUGGUUUA